AUCUUGACAUAACCGAUUGAGUAUCUUUGAAUUGUUUAGUACUUCGACGUGUGUUUACAAUGUUGUCAGUUGUUUUACGUUUGUAAAUUUGUAACACAUUUAUAGAAGGUGAAUUGUGUGCUGGAAUUCGUACAAUUUGGAAACGAAGAGUAACGCCUAAUAAUGGCUAAACAUCAUCCAGAUUUGAUAUUUUGCCGAAAACAGCCUGGCGUCGCUAUUGGACGCCUGUGUGAGAAAUGUGAUGGGAAGUGCGUUAUUUGUGACUCCUACGUGCGGCCCUGUACGCUGGUGCGUAUUUGUGACGAGUGUAACUACGGGUCCUACCAAGGCCGAUGUGUGAUUUGUGGAGGACCUGGGGUUUCUGAUGCUUAUUACUGCAAGGAAUGUACGAUACAGGAAAAAGAUAGAGAUGGCUGCCCCAAAAUAGUUAAUCUGGGCAGUUCGAAGACUGAUUUGUUCUAUGAACGGAAAAAGUAUGGCUUUAAGAGAAGAUGAAAUGUGGAACAUAACAGUUUUGGGCACUGUCUGAAAUGGAGUAUGAUGUAUGUUUUGCUGUAUUUAAUGUAUUUUUUGUUUGAUGUUUUGUGUAAAUAAAUUGACAAAUUCAACAGUA